AUGGGGAACAUCGCCUGUGUCCCGCAGGCUCCCGGCGGCUUCAGGAGCUCCUUCCGAAGGAAACCCUCGCUGAAGAAGGAACAAAAUGGCAAGAAAAAGCUGCCCAGCUUUUUUGGGAUAGACGGAGGCCAGGAGAGAGACACGACCACGGACAAAAUCCUGCAGUAUAUUCCAGCAAAGAUUAUUCAGAAGCAGGAAAACCAGAAGGAAAACUUGGACCAGAGGUUCCCCAGCCUGUUCAAGAAGGGCCGAAGGAAAACAAUUGUCAGGAAUUUGGGCAAAAUGAUUUAUUACUCCAAGGUCAAGUUUAAGUUCCAGCACUGCCAGGAGGUCAACAACUGCUUCCUGGAGCUGUUCCAGUCCUACCUGUACUUCCAGUCCACGGGUCCCAAUGGCCUCACCUACCAGGGGCUGCUGCCUCUGAAGGAGCUGGAGGUGCGGGAGCUGGGGGCUGGGCAGAGCCCCGGGCAGCUGGAGCACGCUUUCCACAUCUCAGGACCUCUGCUGAACCCCCUGGUCGUGUUCUGCCCCUCGGAGGCCGAGCUGAAGCAGUGGCUCUACCACCUGGAGAAGCAGAUCCAGCUCUGUGGAGGGGGCCUGGCCUUGCCCCUGCUGUCCCAGAGCGGCUGGACGCCCAGCACCAGUGACAAGGAGGAGCUGCGCUGGUCCGUGCAGAACCUGCCCGUGCAGGAAUGGAGAGGAACCCAGCGGGAAUCCCUGGGAGAAAUCCUCUGUGUCUCCAAGGUGAAGCUCCAGCACCUGCCCUUCCAGGAGCAGCAUGACCGGCUCCUGGUGCUCUACCCCUCCACGCUGGUGAUCAUGUCCGAGGAGCCUGACGGCCUCUGUUUCAAGGGAGAGCUCCCGCUCAACGCCAUCCAGGUGCUGUUCGAGGAGAACGACAAAAGCUCCUUUUUGAUCGAAGGCCGACUGAUAAACUCCAUCCGGGUGACCUGUCCCAGCUACCAGGACUACCAGGAGUGGCUCUACUGCCUGAAAACCGCGCAGUUCCGAAACGCAGACUCCUCCCUCUCGGGCUCCGAGAGCUUCUCGGGGCCAAAGCCGCCGCAGCCCGGGCAGUUCCCCAGCAGUGGCAGAGGGUCCCUCAGCUCGGACGGCCGGACGAACUCCUGGGCGUCGGGAGGGAGAGUGACCACGCUGCAGCAGCUGUCCCAGGCCAGCGGCUCCCUGCCCGACGGCCACUCCCUCCUGCAGGGCACCGAGGGCCGGCUGCUGGAGGAGCCGCUGUCCCCUGGCCACUCCCAGCCCCUCCAUAGCCUGGCACAGCCCAGCUGGCCCAGCUCAGCGCUGCCCACGCAGGAGCUGCGCAGGGGAAACAGCGCCAGGAAAUCCAAGGGCAAGAGCAGCGGGCAGCAGCUGCCCAGCCAGGAGCCAGCCAGGAGCGUCUGCAGCCUCGUGUCCCAAAACCCCGCGGCAGAAAUGCAGUCCCCGGUGUACCAGGAGCCCUUCUCAGCACACGGCUCCCAGCUGGAGCUGGGCAGGGUGCGCUCCCUGCCCGAGGCACAGCCGGGCCCUUCCCUGCGUCCCCCAGGUGGCAGCUCAGGUCCCCAGGAGCUGGCCGAUGUCCCCUGUCCCUGCCAGGACUGCCCGUCCCAGCACGACUACGCCGAGCUGCAGAGCUUCCAGAGCUUCCAGAGCUUCCAGAGCUUCCAGAGCUUCCAGAGCUUCCAGAGCUUCCAGAGCGACUUCAGCUACGACAACCUGUGGGAGGCUGAGGAGAGGGAGCCGGGCUCGCGCUGCUCCCCGUGUGCCCAGCACAUCUACCACGUCUAG